GUACCAUCCAGGCCGCUGAGACCUGGGAGGAGUUGCCUGGUAUUGACAAGGUCGUCCGCAAGGCCCAGAGCUUGAAGCAGGACAAGCCGCUGCGCAACUUGCAGGAUCUCUUCUAUGACUCCCAACCCGAGGAGUUGCCAUGGAUCCGCACGGAAUGCGUCAUUGACACCGUCCAGGCUGCCGCCUACCUGGGUCAGGCUGUCGUCUUCCUCUACAAGGCCAUUGACUACGAUGGGCUUGAGUGCCCGAACAACUCGCCUGUUGGAUGCGCCGCCAGUGUCGCAGGCUUCAUCACGUCCAUUAGCUGGAUCGCCUCAUACCUCUCCUUUGCGGCGAACGCCUGCGGCCAGGCUGUCAACAACGGUGCGCUCUGUGCUGGUGAUUUCACAGCGCUCAUGGCCAACUUCGGUGAGAUCGCCACCGUGGGCGCCGCUGCUCGGGCAGACUGCAACUUCGGCAAGAACGCCCUCCAGAUCCUCACCCGCACAGAGACGAUCUCCCCUCCCUGGAAGGAGUUCGUCCCGGCGGGAGCCUCGCCGGCGGUCGACAAGGCCUUGAAGAUCAAAGGCCACAAGGACCAGCAGCGCAACCGUGACUACGACAUUGUGCAGUGCGCCGUGGACGUCACCAACUCCGCUUCCUACAUC